CGUGUCUGGCACAGUAAUGGUGCUCUCUAUCCCUGGAGUAUUAGCGUGUUCGCUAUUCCUUACCUCCGUCCAGGCUCGGACAGUCUCGUUCACGAGCUAUUUCGCCGACGACGCGUGCUCCGGGACGCCCCAGUUCAUCUACGAGGAAGACGUGGAGAGUUGCCAGUUCUCUGACUGCACCACGCUAUCGGUCGACGAGGACGCGAAUUCGACCCGCGUGGACUGCUACGGCAACGACCGGGCCGAGACCGCCGCGCUCUUCGCUGAUGCUGACGCGCCUUACGUUCUACUGGAGCAAUACACGCCAGCCAAUACAUGCGACACCUUCUCCAACGGCCAAGCGUUCUACGCAGACGGACUGUGCAGAGCUCUACCGAACACCUCGACGUAUGGAAGUGCCCUAGCUUCUGUCAACAGGGACUUGUCUGUAAAGUUGCAAUUAUUUAGUGACACCGCGUGUACCAAGAUGGAGAGCAAUUACUGGCGACGUAGAGUGGACGUGUUUUGUGGGGUAUACGAGUGA